GCGGCGACAGGGGCCGGGCCCGCGCCCUACGAGCGCCGGGUGCGCUGGCUGCGAGAGAUCCAGUCCACUCUCCGCGAGCGGCGGCCGGAGCGCGCCCGGCAGCUGCUGCGCCUCCUGCGCCAGGACCUGGGCCUCGAAGGGAACCUCCUCACUGACAUCCUCUACAGGAAUGUGGCUUUGCUUAACCUGGUGGACCCCAUCUCCCACGACUUGCUGGUGAACCUGGCCCGGGACCUGCAGUGUCCCAAGAAGGACCACGAGCCCUGGAAGUCAUCUGAUAAGAUCUGUCGGCAGCUCAUCUACCACCUCACCCCUCACUCCAAGCGAAAGCCCCACAGGAAAACCCAGAACAGCCUCAAGAGCAGCCUCCAGAAGACCCCGCUGGUAGGGGAGACCGUGGACCUUUCCGGCAUCCCGCUAUCCGCCCGAGACGUGCGGCACAUAGCACGCUACCUGGGCAGCCAUGGCGUGGAGCUGGUGGUUUUAGACCUGAGCUUCACGGAGCUGAGUGAUGAGCUGCUGCACCGCUUGCUGCCCAGCCUUUGGGCUCUGCCCCGCCUCACCCAACUGCUGCUCAAUGGCAAUCGGCUGACGCGAGCUGCUGCCCGGGAACUCACCGAGGCUAUCAAGGACACCACCAAAUUCCCUGUGCUGGCCUGGAUAGAUCUGGGAAACAACGUGGACGUGUCCUCACUGCCCCAGCCCCUGCUGGUUGGCCUUCGGCGGCGACUGAGUCAGCACACCUCGCUCCCUACCAUCUAUGAGGGGCUGGACCUUGAACCCGGGGGAGGCAUGGCUGAGACCACCGCUGCUGUCUCCACCUGGGGCUCUGCGGCUCCUGAGACAGGACCAGAGCCUCAGGGUUGCUGUGCUAGGUGACUCACUACUGGUCUGGUUCGUUGCUACUGAGUGAGGUCUUUUAAGAACGAGGUAUUGGGGGCCCUCCAUGUCCCACAGAGAGACAGACAGUGGACAUGCUCAACUUGGGAUGAAGUGGUGGAAUAAGGGUUUCAUGGAAGACAGGCCAGCCAGCCCAGGCUCAGGGCUCCACCUCACCCAGCAAAGAGGGGCCCCAGCACCCACAGCCCCGACCUUCCAUGAAAGGAUGGUAUCCCUCACCUCAGGCUUUAUAUACCACCGACUUCAGACUCACUGAGCUCCAGGCUUGCUGCAGAGGUAGGAAAACCCCACCUGCCCAGAGCGGGUGGACCACAGCCAAUACUGGUGUCCCCUUAGCGCUCACUGGCAGGACUCCAUGGAAACCAAGGUGUAGGGGUCAUGGGUCCGAUGGUGUGGCCUCAGGAGUCAGAGGAGACAUGACAUCUGGGCAGCAUUUGAGUUCUCUAUAUUUGGGGGCUUCAGGGGAGCAGGUCGGGAGUCACAGACAGGCAGAGCUGUGCAUGGAGCCCCACAGCAGGUGCCAUCAGGGCCCAUCAGUGUACACUGGGCUGGGGACAAGGCUUCACACACCAAAGGCAAAAGGCCACCGUGGUUCUGAGGGGGUUGACCCUGUGUUUGUCUUCCACAGGGCACAGCACUGCCCACUCUCCUCAGCUCCAGGCCCUAGGCUUCCUGUAGAGGGUGAGGAGAUCUGGCUGGCUAGAGAUGAAGAGCUAGAGUGUUUUCUCUAGUUCUGGGGUCACACGCGGCACGUCAUGGGUGGAGGUGGGCCUAACUAGCAUCCGGAGUUACAGACUUAAGGGUAUCUCCAUAGGGAGUUACUGUCUUCCUACCCCAAAUCCCUCAAGGUGGAGUCCUAACUAGAAACCUAAUGUCUGGUCACCCUCAUUGCCGCAUUUAGGAGACUAUAGAGUUUUUAGCUCAACCAGGAGAUAGGCAGAGCAUGUGGGAGAAGGGACUCAGAGAAACCCAGGGUGUGGAAGCCAGUGGCCUAAGUCCUCUGUGUAGAACCAAGACUUAAGGCCUGGUGACCGCAGAGAGACCCAGGAACAGAGGGCAGCCUCAGGGACAAGGUAAAGGCUGGGGUUGGGGGGGGGGUUCGCUCUGAACCCGUGCCCAGAGCCCACCAGUUCUGACCCCCCCCACCUCCCUGUCUGUCUCCAAGUGGACUAUGGAUGGCACAUUUAGCACCCCUCCAAAAAAGCCAUCAAUUCCAGCACAUCCCCAGACCAGAGGCCAAGAAGGGAGAGGGCUGGAUUACAUCAGCUCCCAGGCCAGGGAGGGAGGUCAGGUGAGGGAAAGGAUUUCACCUCAUGCCCCACUGCUUCAGACAGCUGCUUCUCAGGGGGGCAGUGAGAAGAGUGUAGGACCUCUGGCUCUGCUCCGCUAGCCGGGGGACCUGGCCAGGUCCCCUUCUUCUUUGGGCCUGGGGCCCAACUGCCCCCUCUCUGUUAAAUAGAACUUGCUAUCCUGGAUCCUGGCGCUCAGAGCUUCAUCUAGAGGUACUAACUUCCUCCUCCUCCUAGAGCCCCCCCACCUCCUUCCUCCCACCCCCCGCUUGUUUUAAAAACAUGGCUCGGAGUUAUAGAACUUUCACUGUGCCUUACCCACUCAGGACAAGGAUUUGAGCUUUCUGGAGCCAGACAAAGCAGAGUGGAGUAUGGGCCAGCUGAGGAGGAAGGGAGGGCCAGCUUUGGGCCCAGCAGACGGAUAGCCCCAUCACAUGCUCAGGCAGCCGAGUUCUCCCUGUAACUCUUGAGCUUUUGCUCAGGGUCUCCCCUGCCCUUCUUGCUUUCUGCCCACAGCUGGCCUGAAGCCAGCCCACAUACCUUUAGAGAUCCCCGUGCCACGACAUUCUUCCUACGAUGAUGUGCGAGGACUGGAGCCAGGUGUCCCAGGCAGUGUCCAGGCAAAUCCAGGUGGCAGCAGAUGGUCUCGGUUUCUCCACCUUUUGGAGGCAUGUGAUGCAAUAGCUGAGCCGGAGCCUGCAACGGCUUUAGGAGAUGUGGGCAAAGUUGAUCUUGCUGCUACGCAAGUGGUCCUGACCCUUCACGGCAUUCUCACGACUACCAGCAGGGAGAUUCCAUGGGCAGGGACGGAGAUUUCCAGAAGUGAGGGCUGUGUCUCUGUGUGCUACUGUAACAGAAUACCACAUCCUGGUAAUUUAUAAACAACAGAAGUUUACUUAGCUCGUGGUUCUGGAGGCUGGGGAAUCUGACAGAAGGAGUCCAUCUGGUGAGGGCUUCCUUGCUCUGUCAUGGUAUGUAUCACAUGUCUAGAGAGCACGAGAGCGGCCCCACUGUGGCAAUCAGGACGACUUCCAUCAUGAGGGCAGAGCCCUGCUGACCUAAUCCCUCUUUAAAUCAUCUCUUGCCUGUUGGUUUUUCAGUGCAUGCGUUCUGAGGGAGGCAGGCAUUCAAGUCUGUAGUAUGCUUCAUUCAGCUUGGUGGUGAUGAGAACAUCGACCAGGAGAGAAGGAAGCAUGUGGGGCCUUGCUCCGGGGCCAACUUGGAGACCUACAAACCCAUCCAUCCUCGGUCCAGACCCAUCACUUCCUGUCAGUGUGGUCCAUUUGGGAACUAAGUACAAAAAUCCUCCUUGUCCUGCUGAGGUGAGGAGGGAAUGAGGUUUGGAAAGAGCCUGCCACAGAGGGGUGCAGGCCAGCUUGCUGUAUGUAGUGCUAGGGAGUCCAUCCAGGCUCUCUGUGUGGUGAGGUUUGGCAAGAGCUAGGCUGCAAACACAUCUGUCUGUCUGUCUGUCUGUCUAUCAUUUGUCUAUCUAUCUACUUACCUAUUAUCAUCUACCUAUCUAUCUACCUAUUAUCUAUCUAUCUACUAUCAUCUCUGUAUGUAUCUGUCUACUACAUCUGUGUAUUGUAUGUAUGUAUGUA